AUGGAUGAUGAAUUCAAUGUAACAUAUGUGACUCUUGGUGGGCAUGUGGAAGUGAACCGAUACAAAUAUGUUUAUUUUGUGAUCAUAUUCAUAGCAUAUAUUCUAAUAAUCUGCAGUAAUUCUACUAUAGUGUACCUUAUUUGUGUUCACAAAAACCUCCAUGAUCCGAUGUACAUUUUCAUUGCAGCUUUGUUACUGAACUCUGUCCUUUUCAGCACUGCAGUCUACCCAAAGCUUUUGAUUGAUUUUUUGUCUGAAAAACAGUUAAUAUCUUAUUCGGCGUGUCUCUUUCAGUUUCAUAUAUUUUACUCUUUAGGAGGUUCAGAGUUCUUACUGUUGGCAGUCAUGGCUUAUGACAGGUAUGUGUCUAUAUGUAAACCUCUGCAAUAUCCAACGAUCAUGACAAAAACAACCAUCAGUAUUUUUCUGGCUUUAGCUUGGAUUCUGCCUGCAUGUCAGGUUGCAGUGCCAGCCGGUUUGAGUGCUAAUAAAAAACUGUGUAGUUUCAUUUUAAAAGGAGUUUUUUGUAAAAAUACAGUGUACAAACUUCAAUGUGUUAUCUCAAGAGCACAAAUAAUACAUGAUAUGGUAAUUCUGCUUAACGUUGCACUUGUUCCUAUGCUUUUCAUAUUAUUUACAUACAUCAGAAUACUUUUAAUAACCUAUCGCAGUAGUAGAGAAGUCAGAAAAAAAGCUGCUCAGACAUGUUUGCCUCAUCUGAUAGUUUUAAUCAACUUCUCCUGUCUGUGUGCAUAUGAUGUGAUUACAGUUCAGCUGGAAUCUGACUUUUCAAAAACGUUAAGUUUAAUAAUGUCUUUACAAAUCGUAAUGUAUCACCCUCUCUUUAAUCCCAUUAUGUACGGACUAAAGAUGAAAGAAAUUUCCAAGCACCUCAAGAAGUUGUUCUGUCAAGCCAAAAUGAUCUGA